CGUAGAGCCGCGCCAUGGAGCAGGCCCCGGCCCCGGUCCCCGCCGCUCCGCCGCCGGCCCCGUCCUUCUCCGAGGUGCUGCGGCUGGUGCAGAGCGGGCAGGAGCCGCCGGGGGUGCGGCGGCCUCGGGCCUCGCCCACCGGGGACACCCCCACCGCCUCCCGCCUGCCGCCGCCCGCCAAGCCCUGGGCAGGGCGCCCCUUGGAGCACGGCUCAGCACACAGCUGCAGCCAGCGCUCGGAGAACGAAGAACCCGCAUCGCUCUCAACGCAGCAGCCUGGUGGGAGCAGUGAUAUUGCUUGAUUUCCUUCUGCCUGGUGCCCGUGAUCCUUUAGGAAGUGCAAAUAAACUUAAUCAGAGCUGCGUUUCCUCACCACACAGCUCAGCGACUGCCCCGUCGCAAUCCCAACACCAAAUUAAUCUUGCAAACGUUGAAGAACCUGAGAACUGACUUAACACUUGAAACCCGCACUGGGGCAGAGGCAGGACUGACCUGUGCUUCCUCCCUGCCAGCAGCAGCAUCGCCGUGCCUGGGGAUAGCACUACUCCACGUUGAGCUUUGUUUUUAUGUUCAUGGCUGCCAGCUCUGCCAUGAAGUACCGGAAGACAUGGGGCACAGGGACCACCUCGAUGGAGUCCACCCUGCUGCAGACAGAGCAGGAG